AUGUCCUCCUCCCAAUUAGUAGUAACCGCCCCUAACCCCCCACCCACCAACACCCCCACCCCCUUCCAACACUACAUCCCACGUCUAGCCAUCCUCUUCCUGGCCGUCAACAUCUCCGCCUGGAUAUGGACACACCGACAGAUAGGAACACCAUCGCCAUCGCCAUCACCAGCGCUAUCAACAUUUGGAUCAACUACCGAUCCUAUCUACGGCGGAUAUAACCCUGCGACCUACGACAUGGGGGGCUGUUCAUAUCGGAGACAGCGUUUGUCCGGUCGAUAUGGGUAUGAGCGGCGCCAUGGCUUCUUAUCCAUCGUCUUCCUGUGGGUGGUGAUGUGGUUCUGGUGGGUCUGGUGGAGGAAGUUGAUGCUGAGGGUUGUUGCGCUUCGGAUAUUGCGGGAGAGGGGGGUUAUUUGA